UAACAGGUUGCAGUCCCAUAACCAACUUAGCUGUCCGCGGAUUGUAAAUAUCUAAUACUAGUUUCUGGCUAUUACGGUUGGUAACUAGCUACCUAAUUUGUUUACCUUUAGGAGAAACUAUACAAAAAUACUGGAUAAACUGAAAAAGAAAAAGUACUACUUGACCCAAGAAUAGCAGAAUGAGUACUCCAUCCUCCGUCCGCAAGACCCCUGUGGACUACGGCGUCCAGAUCCGCUUCAUCAAAGACCUCCAUGACUCCGGAGGGGGGGCCCCCGGCCCCCAGCCCAGGGCCAAGCCCCCCUCGGCCUCCAAGUACGGGGUGGCGGUCAGGGUGCAGGGAAUCGCCGGCCAGCCCUACGUGGUGCUGAAGGAUGGGGGGGAGAAGGGAGACUCGUAUGGGGUGCAGCUUCGGACACACUGCCCCCCCAGGUACAGCAGCCUGCCCCGGAGGAGGGAGGAGCUGGGGGGGCAGGGGGAGGAGGGAGGGGGGGCGCUGCGCCGGGCCCAGUCCCACGCACCCCCCCCGGUCAACAGGCUGAUCACUGGCUUCGAUGGACAGAGGGGGCGCUCUCCCACGUCACACAACACCCAGGGCCCCUCCCCCAUCAUCACCCACAACCCCUCUCCCCCCUCCUCAGUGCACAGCAGCCUGGGAAGAGGCCCAGGCCCCGCCCCCAAGACCACAGCCCUGCCGGCCAAUCAGUGGGCUUCGUCGGGCAGGAUUGCUACCGUGGAGACGCUGCCCGCUAAUCAGAGAGAGACACAGGUGACCCCUGACCUUUUGCUGGACCAGGGUCAGAGUGCAGAGGUUACCGGAGAGGAGGAGCAGAUCAUGCAGACCAUCUACGCCAUCCUGAGAGACGGGUCCAGUGACAGUGACUCAGCUAUCAAGCACAAAGUCCGAGUCAUCUACCACAAGAUACAGGCUCUCAAGUCCAGGGAGGACUCCAGCGCUGAGUGGAUGAGGGAGAAGAGGGAGCUGGAGAGGAGACUGUCUGAGCUGGAGACACCACUGAGAGAGGAGCAGAGGGGCUCUGCAGGCAGGUCCGACCUGGUUCUGAAGCUGGAGGCCUGUCUGGAUGACAACCUGCAGCUGCAGGAGAGUCUGGACCAGAACAAGGCUGAGCUACACCACACACACACCGAGCUGGCUCAGCUGCGUAUGGAUAGAGAGAAGGCAGAGGCCCGGGGGAGAGACCUGGAGGACCAGCUGGCAGAGCUGCAGGACGAGAUGAGGAGAGACAGCACCAAGAUGCAGCUGGAGGCGUGCCGGGUGGAGCUGGUGGAGCUGGUGGAGCAGCGGGGGCGUGUGGAGGAGACCCUGCGUCAGCGUGAGAGGGCGCUGGGUGCCCUGAAGGGGGCGCUGCAGGAUGAGGUCACCUCACACGACCGGGAGCUGGAGGCUCUGAGGGAGCAGUACAGCACCGACAUGGAGAAGCUGAGGAACAGCAUGGAGCAGGUGUCCCAGUCCCAGGUGGGGAUCGAGGCUGAGCGUGUGCGUGUGAACGCCUCGGUGCGCUCCCUGCAGCAGCAGCUGGAGGACUGCAGAGACGAGAGCAGCCACUGGAUGGAGCAGUUCCACUCUGCCAGGGAUGACCUCCGCUCCACCAAACAGCAGCUGCUGCAGACUCGUCUGGAGAAGGAGGAGUUUGAGGAGGAGCUGAAGGAGCAGCAGGAGAGAGUGACCAUCAUGAAGCAGCAGAUCCCUGAUGCCAGACACACACAAGAACUCACCACGUGCCAAGAUGAUCUUCGGAGUUGCCGUGCUGACCUGAAGAAAGUCCAGCUGGAGGUUGAGAAGUGCAGGUCAGAACACGACAAGAAGGUCAUGGAGGGCAUAUCCCAGAAGAAGGCUCACCAGGAGCAGGAGGCGGAGCUGAGGUACGAGAUAGACAGGCUCAAGAACCAAUCACAGAGGGCCAAAGAGGAUCUGGUCAAGGCCCAGGAGAUGAACAAACAGCUCCCUGCCCCGGGCCUUCUGUCUGCACUGGAGGAGCAGCUGGGGGAUGCACGCGGGGAGGCGGGCCUUCUGAAGGAGAAGCUCUCAUUGGCUGAGCAGGAUCUGGAGUCGAGCACAGAGCGCCUGGCGCGCGUCCAUGCAGAAGUAAACGUUCUCAGAGAUACUCAGCUGGAGCAGGAAGAAACGAACACACGGCUCAGAGACAAGCUCUCACAUCUGGAGGCCCAGCUGCAGACCACCAGCACAGAGAGCUCGGAGGCAGAGCAGGUCCUCCAGGGGCAGGUGAGACAGGGGAGGCUGGAGCUGGACGAGGCCAGGAGAGGAGCCUCCCGGCUGGGUCAGGAGCAGAGGGAGCUCAGCCUGCGUCUGGAGGAGACGGAGCGAGAGAGAGACACACUCACACUCAGCAACACCCAGCUGGAGGAGGCCAGGAGGCAGCAGGAGAGAGCCCUGGAGAAACUCAACAAGGAGUAUGACAGUGUGUGCUCCUCCUCCAGAGAGGAGCUGCAGGCUCUCAGGGCUCAGCUGGAGGAGCAGAGAGAGAGGACUCGCCGGGAGACACAGGAGGUGCAGCGCCAUGGCAACGACACCCAGGCUGAGCUGGAGAGGAGCCAGAACAACCUGAGGAGACUGGAGGAGGAGGUGUCCCGGCUGAAGAAGGAGCAGCUCCUGGUAUGUAUUAUAGACAACUCCCACCUUGACAAAUAUCUGCUCACCAACCUCCAUCGCCACCUGAUCAAU